CGAGGAUGGACCGUGUUUGCUGAUGAUCUACCAAGGACGAAGUGAACGCCAUCCCCAGCAUGUGAACUAAAUAGUUGGGCUAGUAGUGCUAGCAGGACGUGGUAUUGGUGAGAGCGUUCGUGAUAAUAAGUGUACACACUCUCUCUCUUCAUACGAAAUUUUAUUCGAACCUCACUGACUACGAACUUGACUCCUGCUCCUGAUUUCGCUAGGGUGGAGGUCCAGCCUUAUGUACUUUUCGGUGGGGGUUGAAGUGAAUGAAGAUUUCUGACCGGUACCGGUAGGUAGUGGUAUGCGAAGGAGGAAAAAUCUCGAUGGGACGAACUUUGCCUGCUAAGAAGGAAGAACGGAAUGAAGCUCAAACGGUCGUCACUCGUCUAAGACGUUGGUCGGUUCUCCACGUCACGUUUUGUGUCCGGGUUUGUCCUGUGCCCACUGGCCAACUGUUGAAACACUGGAAUCGAGCCAUGUGUGAAGAACAAAUUAAUCGGUAUUCUCAGAAACAUGAGAAUCUUUAGACUAAGUUAUGUGAAUAAUGAGACUGAAGUGUGUUAAAACAUUGUGACAUUAGUGUAAUCAAGUUUCUCGCCUGAAAAAUUUGUAAAAUUGUAAAAUAGUUCCGAUAGCCUUGUGUAAUAAGUAAGUUGCAAUCUUAAAACAAGUAAUCAAAAAAUGCUAACCUCUGUAGAAAAUUGUUUUUGAAAGUGCAAUAUUGAUAAGCCCAGCAAAAGAUCAAGAAAUCAAGUCACCCUCCCAAGGCAAACUAACAAUCAGAAGAAAGAUUUGCUAAAGAAAUCAAAAACUCAUACAAACGAAAAGAGGGAACUGACAAAGAAAACUACACAAAAACAGUGAACGCAUACAUCGACAACUCGAGCCAACACUUGCGCUAUCGCGCUGCUUAAGACUAAGACAGAAACGGCGGCAAACGGAAAGCCGGGAAAAACCUAUCUACCACCCGGUCCAAGCAUCCUUGCGGAGUGGGUGGCACGGUUCAAGAAAACGGAGAGACAGCAAUAAUCGAUUUCAAGAAAAGCAUCUUACUGAGCGGAGUCGGAAUCAGCCCAAAAUGAAAGAAAAUUCAAUGAUCGACGUCUUCGACGCGACGGACUUCAAUCCGGACAUGAUUCUGUCGAAUGUGUUCCUGGAUCCGGGUUUGGAUUUCAUGACCAGCAUCGAUGAGCUCAGUGAAAACAUUAUGCCACAGGAUUUUCUGCAAUUCGGGAACUCACUGUUCUAUCCGGAGCAGCAGCAGCAACAGCAGCCGGUGGACAGUGUCCAGCAGCCGUCGUAUCAACUACAAUUGCAGAACCAGCAGCCACUGCAGCAGCAAUUGCAGAUUUCGCAGCCGCUGCCGUCAGUACUGCUCCAACCGAAAUGUGUUGUUGAACAGAAGUCCGCCGAUGGAGUCAGCCGGUUUCAUCAACAGCAACAGCAGCAGACGACGACGACGGCGACGACGAUGCCAGGCGAUUAUGUAAAACAGGCGGUUGUACCUCAGGUGGCAACGAUGAUGCCAGAACCACCCAAAGUGGUUCCACCGCCGCAAUCCUGCAAAUGCGAGUUCUGCGAGUACCUCCAGGCAAAUCGAAUCAGUUUAAGUGGUUCCGGUGGAACUGGACCGGCAGUUGGAGGGGACCACGUGUUCCAGUGCGAGUUCUGCGGAGAAGGAUUUGCCAACCAGAGUAGCUUUAAUCGGCACCGUUGCGGUAGUACCGACAUCCAGGUGUACCGUUGUGAAUCGUGUAGGAAGGAAUAUGGGACAUCCCGAACCGAAUCUAGUAUUAAUGGGUUGGAGAGCAGGGGGAAAUGUGAUAUCUGCAACAGAAACUAUGUGCAAUCAACGACGGGAGAGGUGGGAGUAGUAGCGACGCUUUACGGGCAGGUCGGACGCCCUGCCCUGGCGGAGGCCAAUAGUAAAACCUCCGCCGUAGACAGUCCAGUGGAACACGACCUCAGCAGUAUUGAACCAUUUGGAUCGGACAGUGAAUGUAUUAGUGAAUUAUUGACGGACGGCGUCGUCGCAUCGGCGGGAACCGUCGUGGAACUUCAACAGACCAACCUUCCGGGGAAAACCUAUUUCGUCCUGGGGAACGUAGAAUUACAACAGAUGAACAACGGAGGAGGUUCCUACAUCCAGAAUGCCAAAAUCAGUAGCGAAUCGAGUGUUACCAGUUUGCAUCAGUACGAUCAGUACGAAGAUGAAGACUACUCGUCCAUGUCCGAAGAUGAAGCUAUUGUUCCAAUAGAACCUUAUGCCAAAUCGCCCAACCAGGAGCAAGCCAAAACAGAGUUGCCAAUUCAGGAAACGAUCAUCGACACCAGCAGCAAUGUGAGUCUUCCGUUCAGCGCUUCCGGUUUAACGGCCGCCAUUUUGGAGGAUGAAGGAAAAUGUGAUUCGUCCAGUAAAUGCACCGAAUUGAGCCAACCCGACCGUCCUUUCAAAUGUCACAUCUGCGAUCGAUCCUAUCGAAAUCACAAAAAUCUAAAGGCGCACAUCAAAGGAGCCCAUGAGGGAGUUCGAGCGAAUCAGUGCGAAAUUUGCGGAAAGAAUUUUUCCGGAAGUAGUUACCUAGUGAUUCAUCGGCGGAGACACACAGGCGAGCGACCGUUCAAAUGUAAUACUUGUGGGAAGGCCUUUGUUGACAGUCGUGCUCUGUCAGUGCACACUCGGUUGCAUACACCCGGCAGUCGGUUGAAAUGCAUGAAGUGUGAAAAGACUUUCUCUAGCGCUUCCGCGCUGACCGUGCAUAACCGAUUGCACACCGGAAUCCAUCCAUACAAGUGUGAAAUAUGCGAAAAGACUUUUCCCCAGUACAACAAUUUAAAGCAUCACAUGAAAAAACAUGAAGCUGCCACUGAGCAACGACAGAUUUCUCAGCUGGAUGCGAGCGCUAGUCCUUGUUCUAGCAUCAGUAGUAAUAUUAGUAGUAGUAGUAGUAGCAGCAGUAGCAGCAGUAGUAGUAGCAGUGGCAUUAGCAGUUCAGGAUCCUCACUGGAAUACAAGUGUAACGUUUGUAGUAAACCGUUCGGAACAUCGGAAGAACUGCAGACCCAUUUGAAUCAGCACUGUAAGGAUCGGCCGAAUCAGUGUGAAUUUUGCUCCAAGGUGUUCCCUCGUUCGUCUCAUUUGAUCAUUCACCGGAGAAGACAUACAGGCGAACGACCAUUCAAAUGUAAAUACUGCGAAAAAGCAUUUGUGGAUUCACGGGCUCUGUCAGUCCACACCAGGCUUCACACGGGAGAGCGGGUCACUUGCGACAUUUGUCUGAAAACGUUCGCCAGCAGUUCCGGGUUGAUCGUACAUCGACGCAUCCACCUGGGGAUUCACCCGUACAAGUGUGACUACUGCCCUAAAUCUUUUGCCCAAUCGACUGCUCUGAAGUACCACCUCAAGAAACAUGACACCGCCAAUCUACCGACGACAACCGGAACCGAUGAAACGGAAACUUCCAAUACCGAACAGAAAGAAUCCAGUCUGAAUUCGGAACAGAUGUCGGAUCAAUUUAUUCCGGCCAGUACAACGACAUGUUUAUUACCGAUCCAACAACAACAACAACUACAACAACAGCAACAGCCACAGCAAUCAAAAAAUGCAACCGGACAUGUCAAGUGUCAAGUUUGCAAUAAAUUUUUCCGUUCCGCAGAGUACUUAGCCAGGCAUCGACGGACUCAUUCUGGUGAGAGACCUUUCCAGUGCGAAAUCUGCGGUAAAAAUUUCAGCACAAUGAGUUAUCUUGUCAUUCACCGUCGCCGGCACACCUCAGAAAGACCGUACAAAUGUCCUAACGCAGAUUGCUCGAAGGCAUUCGUGGACAGUCGAGCGCUUCAGGAGCAUAGCCGAUCGGUUCAUUCGAAAAUUCGCGUGCCCUGCGAAACCUGUUCCAAGACUUACUCGAGCGUCAGCAAUCUGAUCGUUCACCGGCGUAUCCACAGUGGCAUUCACCCUUUCGAAUGUGACAUCUGUGGGCGAUCGUUCGCUCAGAAGAAUGCCCUCAAGUACCAUUUGAAACAACAUGUCAGCAAACAGGAACCAGAACCGAAACUGUAAAUCUACUAAAUCUACCAAACUACCAAGGAACCAAAUCAGUAUUGAUUCUAGUGUGUAUAGUAAAUAGUCCCAGUGAUGAAACUACAAACCAAAAUUUAAAAAAAUCCUAAUUAGAUGCCAGAGGAUGUUGCAUGAAUGUGAAUUAUUAUGUAAGGUUAUUGACAAUUUUAGAAAUCAAAUCGAACUAAAGUAAUGUAUCGAAUGCGGUAGAGUUUGUAAAAAGUAUGAAAAAACAAAAACCAAUAUACAAAAGAAUCGUUCCUUAUUUGAAGACUUUUAAACUAAUUUUAGAUCAAGUAAAUGGUAACAGACGUAAAACUAUGACGCGAGAAGUCGUGAACUAAACCAAAGUACGUAUAAGAGUAGCAAAAAACGAAUUUUUUGAUUUAUUACUAUCAAAUUAUGAAAUUAUA